AUGUGUUGCAGGUUUUUGUUCAGCUCGUUUGUAUGCUGGACGCACAUUUUUUAUUGUAAACUAUUUUAUUGGGUUGACCAGAUUUUUGAAAAAAUUUCGUCGAAAAAAAAUAUUCCACAACCACCAACUGCCAUAUUGAAAAAUGGUGAACUUCCCAAAAUUGUUGAAGGCAUACUGCCAAAAGUGCGAAACUCACAAGGAGCACAAGGUCACCCAAUACAAGGCUGGUAA